CGUGCGCCGUCAUAGGUCUGUUCUGGCUGCCCUGCUCUUGUACUGCCUGUGCCUGCACACACCAGCCUCAGCUCGACAUCAAUACAACGAGCAGUGUGUGUGCAUGUCGGUCUCGGCGAUUCAUCCCUGAUCAAUGCGCGCAUCCCUUAAGACUCGCGUGGGAUUUUCAACCAACACCCAGGAACCACGCUGUUUGAACCACAAUGGGACCCUUCCAGGAAUAUGAGGAAAAGAAGUCGCCAGAGAAAGGAAGUCCCCGGAGUCGUAUUCCCCGCCUGGUCCUCCAUCCCUUCCGGCCCAAGGAUCAAGGGUCUCCUGUGUCGGAGUCCCCCACCUCAGAGGAGGAGGGGAAGGACUGCGACCUGAGCUCUGACCGCUCCAAAAGAACCAUCAGUACCAACAGCUUCUGCUCCGGCUCAGAGCAAGGUACCACUGGGUCUCCCCCUCCCAAGCGCCAGCCCGUCGUGAAGAAGGUGAGGCUGAUGGCGGAGAGGAGUGCCGAGCGGGCCGGGGCUACCCGCCACCAGCGCCAUCAGAGGCCCGCCGCCACGGCAGCCAAAGGGAGCGAGGCAGACUUCAGCUCCUCCAGCAGCGCACGGAGCCUGAAGAAGACGAGCGGGAUCCCGAGCCUGGCUGGGAAGAAGACCCCUCGCAGGUCUUCCUCAUCAAGUCGGACCACUCGCACAAGACUGCUGCCAUUGUUCAAGCCGGCAGGUAGCCCCAUAGCCAAUCAGGACUCCGAGCUCUUCGCCCCCUACAAGACACCGAGCAGGGCCUGCGCCUCCACCACCACCACAAGCAGCAGCAGCAGCAACUUCAGCCCCGUCCCCAGGCGGGUGAGACUGGGUCGCUACCACUCCUGUGGAGACAACCAUGGCAUCAUGGCCCCUCAACCCGAGCAGUACCUCACUCCUCUGCAGCAGAAGGAGGUGAACAUCAGACACCUGAAGACCAAGCUAAUAGAGUCGGAGACCAUCAUUCAUGACAGAGAGGCUGACGUAGACGAGCUGAAAUCCCAAUUGGAAAGGAUGCGCGAGGACUGGAUCGAGGAGGAGUGCCAUCGCGUGGAGGCGCAGCUGUCCCUGAAGGAAGCCCGCAAAGAAAUCAGGCAACUGCGUCAGGUGGUGGAGACCAUGAAGAGCAGCCUCAUGGAGAAGGACAAGGGGAUCCAGAAGUACUUCAUCGACAUCAACAUCCAGAAUCGGAAGCUGGAGUCCCUGCUGCAGAGUAUGGAGCUGGCCCAGAGCGGAUCCAACCUCAUGGACGACCAGAGCAUGGACUUCCUGUGUGACAUGCCCGAUGGCGAUGUGAAGGCCAAGCUUGAGGAGGAAGUUGGGGAGGCAUUGGGAGACCAGGCGGCUGAGCAAAUGGCAGACAGUGGGCUGCUGCUGAACGAUGAGAUGGCCAACAGAGAGGACAUUUUGGAGCGGGUCUUGAUGUCCACCGCUGUGGAUUUCAAUCAGGACAUUAGCUGCAAGUUGAGGCCCGGGGAGGGUCCCAGAGUGUCCACACUGCUGGAGGAAGAUAAGCUGGUGGAUAAAUCAAAUGCGCCCACAGCCGUCCUGAAGAAUCCCUUCUCCGUUGCUGACAUGAGAACGUCCCGUUCAAAGGAACCUCCCAAGGCUGAGAACAAGGAAAUGCAGACGGAGAUAACGCCUGCGUCUCAAGACCUCCAGGCUCUGCUCCUUCAGCUCCUAAAGCUGCAUGGGGGAAUGGUGGGAGAUGCCUCUGUCAGCCGGCCAGGAGAUGCAGACCUUCUCACCCCUUUUCCCUUACCUGCCCAUGCCACCACCACCACCACCACCACCACCACCGACUUCACGGACUGCACACCAAGCCCUGGCCCCGCAGAGAGCCCCGAAAGCUGGACUGAUUCCGGGUUGUGCUCCGCCGCGGAGCCUGCAGAGGGUCCCAGGUUCAUGGAGGAGCUGGACUUCGAUGUCUGCGAGGGGGGCCCUAGGGAGGCGCCCGAGUUGGGCACUGAGGUUAAGCGCUACUGGAGCAAAAGCUUUCUGGUUGAUCUGGUGGCCGUGGCGGCCCCCGUGCUGCCAACAGUGGCAUGGCUCUACUCGCGACAUGGUGUGGACGGAAGUGCUCCGGUGUGCAACAUCGCUGCCCUGAUCCGGGGCUGUUGCAUUAUGGGAUUGCACUCGCUCCGCCAUGUCGCAUAGAGACCAGAUGUCUCUUUCGCUCCUCCCUACCGCAUGCACACACCCAACAUUCUGCUAAAGCACUUCAGCAAUUCUGCUACAUCAUCCAUGUUUUGAUUUCUCAUUAGAUUUAUGAUCAUGCAGUCAUGUUCCACCACUGUAACGUUGCACUACUGCCUGAUUGAGGCACACUUAUCACACAUAGGGUAUUUAUAUUGGGUGGUGUUUAAAGCGUUUCAUUUGUCUUUUGUUUGUGUAAUUUAAAUGUAUAAAUAUGAAUCAUCAGGGUAGAUGGUAUUGAUGUCCAAUAUUUUUCCUUGUAUUAAGCUAUUUAAUUGAUCCCCAAAGUGCUAUGAUGUAUAAGCUUUAGGAGGUGGAGAUGAAUGUUUAAUAGCGUUUGCGUUGGAUGAUUGGAUUUUUGUUUUAUUGCUCUAAAGGAAACCUUGAACCUUCAGCCAAAGCUUUAAUGUGAAAUCACUGUUAGUUGUGUGAUCGUCGUUUUCUCCUGUGGAGGUGGGCUUUGUACACUUCAUGGUGUAUUGGAAAUAUGUUCCCUUAAAAGCAACUUACACUGGUAAUGUGCCUGAGCGAUGUGCAAUACUGACACCUAUGUCCUUGUGUAUUUAUUAUUAUUAAAGCAUGAUAACCGCA